AUGCCAUCCGAUGACUUAUUAGCUACGCACAAUUCGCCGCGGACAUGGUUCCUCACGUCCGCACUCACCCCGCUCGCCAUUAGGCUGAUACGGAAGCUACUGGACCAUGGCGAUAACGUGGUCGCGUGCUUGCCGCCACAGGAGCUCGAGCACGAUGACCGCAAUGCCGAAUUUCGUGAGCUGAUUAGUGAGUGUAAGAGCAAUCGCAAGGACCGCGAGGGCUGGCUGGGGCGCAUCCGUCCCAUCCGCUGCGAUGGCCGCAUCAUGGGGCAGUGCAGUGCUGCCGUUGCCGAGACCAAGGAGAUGUUUGGCCGCAUUGAUAUCCUGCUCUGCUGUACCUCGGAAGCUGUCGUGGGCACCGUGGAAGAGUUGUCGACGAACCCUGGGACGCAAAAUCUUGUGCGAGACCAGUUCGACUCCAUAUUCUUCUCACAGGUCAAUUUUAUCAAGGCGGCCUUGCCACUUCUACGAGCACAGCAUACUGGGCAUAUCAUGAUUCUCACCAGCGUUGGCGGCCACAUUGGCACGCCCGGCAUGUCCAUGUAUACGGCGGCAACGUGGGCACUGGAGGGGUUUUGCGAUUCACUGGCGUACGAAAUAGCGCCAUUUAACAUCAAGGUUACGAUAGUGCAGCCACACAAGGAGAUACAGUCGCUCACCAACAAAAUUGUCUUCUCGCCACAGCUGCCGUAUUAUGACAGCGAUAACAACCCGGCGCCUAGUGUGCGAGACAUGCUCAGCAAUGUCCUCAACAUGAAUGCAGACACGGCCAUAGACCCGUCUGAAGAGGAAAUCAUACAUCGGUACCCAAAACUGCCAGGUUCGGCGCUGGACAAGAUGCUUCAAGAAACAGUCAAUGCGCUCACGGCCAUCGGAGGAAAUGAGAAUCCUCCUGCGCGACAUAUAGUCGGCUUUGAGGGAGCCGAAGCUGUCAAGGAAAAGCUCAAGACAGUCACGGAGGAAUUGGAGGAUUUUGUGGAAGCCAGCUUGGCUGUCGAUAUAUUCGAAAGUGAGCUCAAGGCGGAGGCGCGACAAGGAAAGGCCAGAGUUGAUGCUAGCAGUUCAGGGGCUGUCGCGGGGCCUUCAACAUGA